AUGUCCUCUGGGGGCAAAAUCACCCCCAGUCGAAAAACGCCACUCCACACCAUGACAGGGAACUCAGCAACCACCACCGCAGCGACCACCACCGCAGCGACCACCACCACAGCGACCACCACCACAGCGACCACCACCGCAGCGACCACCACCGCAGCGACCACAACCACAGUGACCACCACCACAGGGACCACCACCGCAGCAACCACCACGUACAGGAAAGAGGUGCAACAGAUUGUUGACAAAGUCGAAUCACUUCUCAGCAAUAAGACUCUAUGGGAAGAGAAGAGAGAUGUCGCAUCCUGGGCCACAAAUAUUCUCCAGGAGACGGAGUCGAAUGUUCUAAAAACUGCCUUGAAAACCCCAAACCAAAACAACCAGCGAGGUCAAACUAGUACUGUGGCUGUUGAAACUCGAGUUGUCACAGACAAUUGCUCCGAGGAAAGAAAGGUCUUCACCUUGAACGCACAAAAGAACUCAGUGGACAUCCUCUGCACUGAUGUUGUCCAGGGAAACAUACAAGGUCCCAGCGCGGUCGCCUUCAUUUCAUACUCCUCUCUCGGAAACAUCAUAAAUGCAACUUUUUUUGAAGAGAAGAAUGAGACGCAUCAAAUUCGCCUGAACUCCCACGUAGUGAGUGCUGGUAUUGGACCCAAGAGGAAUAUCUCCCUCUCCAAUCCUCUGACUCUGAGUUUUCAGCACGUGGAGAUGAGGCACCACAGAAACAAGGUCUUCUGCGUCUACUGGGAAACCACAAAGGGUCGCUGGUCCACGGAUGGCUGUUUCCUGAACAAAGUGAACGAAAGUCACACCAUAUGCAAUUCCACCCACCUGUCCAGCUUCGCUGUUCUCAUGGCUGUCAGCAGCCAGGAGGAGGAUCCCGUGCUAGAUGUGAUCACCUACGUGGGGCUGAGCCUCUCUCUGCUGUGCCUCCUCCUGGCGGCCCUCACCUUCCUGCUGUGCAGAGCCAUCCAGAACACCAGCACCUCGCUCCACCUGCAGCUCUCGCUCUGCCUCUUCCUGGCCCACCUCCUCUUCCUCACAGCCAUCGACCGAACAGAGAUCCAGGUGCUGUGCGCCGUCAUCGCGGGCGCCUUACACUAUCUCUACCUGGCCUCCUUCACCUGGAUGCUGCUGGAGGGCCUGAACCUCUUCCUCACUGCGCGCAACCUGACGGUGGUCAACUACUCAAACAUGAACAGAUUCAUGAAGUGGCUCAUGUUCCCGGUAGGCUAUGGAGUCCCCGCCGUGAUCGUGGCCAUUUCUGCAGCAUCCCGGCCUCACCUUUAUGGAACACAUGAUCGCUGCUGGCUCCACCUGGACCAGGGAUUGAACUGGAGUUUCCUUGGCCCCGUCUGUGCCAUUGUCUGUGUGAAUUUCGUAUUUUUUCUCUUGGUCCUCUGGAUUUUGAAAAAGAAAUUUUCCUCUCUCAACAGUGAAGUGUCAACCAUCCAGAAUAUAAGGAUGCUGACAUUUAAAGCUACAGCUCAGCUCUUCAUCUUGGGCUGCACGUGGUGUCUGGGAAUCCUGCAGGUGGGUCCAGCUGCCCGUGUCAUGGCCUACCUCUUCACCAUCAUCAACAGCCUGCAGGGCGUCUUCAUCUUCCUGGUGUACUGCCUCCUCAGCCAGCAGGUCCGAAAGUGGUUUGGAGAGAUCAUGAAAUUUAAAACUAAGUCUGAGACUUACACACUUUCCAGCAGGUUUGGCCCUGACUCAAGACCCAGUGAGGACCAGUGAAGAGAAAAUAUUAAAACUAGAACAUUCAACUCCACGUGCAAAGUCAUAUCCAUGGUCUGGUUGGCAUCACGAAGAAUGAAGCUGGGGACGAGGGAAAUCAUUAUACAUGUCAUC